AUGCCGACCGAAAACCUCCAUCACGUCUGCCAGAGCGUGAACACUAACCUGGCCCGCUACCCCAUCCUCGCUGUCGGUUUGCCCCUCGUCGGAGGAUUCAUCACAGCGAUCCCCUCCCACCUCGCCGUAAAGUCCUACUAUGAAGGUCUCCAAAAGCCCGAAUGGGCUGCCCCCGCCUGUGUCUUUGCCCCCGUCUGGGCUGGAUUGUACAUCACCGUUGGCUAUGCCUCUCACUUGGUCGCCCUCCGCACUGGACCCAACACCCUCCCCUCGAUCCGUCAUUUAGCUAGAACUGGAUUGGGCAUCUAUGGAUUGAACUUGGCUUUGAACUUUGCUUGGUCCCCUUUGAUGUUCUGGAAGAACAAGAUCGGUGCUGCCCUCGUCACCGCCGGUGGUUUGACUACCUCGUCGGUUGCUCUUGCCUACUACUUCUUCAAGGUCGACAAGUGCGCCGGCUACUUGACGAUCCCCUACGUCGCCUGGCUCGGAUAUGCCACUGCCUUGAACUACGACAUCUGGAUCAAGAACGGUAGUGGCCCCGCCUGCGACUCUGCCCGCAAGGUCGGCAAGGAGAUCAACGACGCUGCCAAGCACGCCAAGCAUGAGAUCAAGGAUGCUGCCCACAAGGCUGCUGACAAGGUCGAGAAGGAGUUCAAAUAA